AUGCAGCGUCCAGACCCGUUAUGCGAAUACUGCUCCCAGAUUCCGUUGGACGCGGACCUACUCUCCGGGCAAUAUUCUCUCGGUACUGUCUCACGACUCAAGAAUAGUCCAUGUCCAUUAUGUCGCCUUGUUAUCUCACAGUUAGGAAAUUUCAUAGCUUAUCCAGGGCGCCGACGGAUCGAUCUCGUAUGGAGUUUCGGCCCAGCCGGCCGCCGCUCCAUACUCACACCUGGUGCUCGCAUUGAUACCUGGAUCGGCUUCAGUUCCCAGACACAGUCCCAUCGUGACCAAGACGACUCACACACAAAGUGCUAUUUCAUUCACCCUUGGACUGGUCCUGUAGUGGAUACUCAAAGGAUCUUGGGUUGGAUAUCGUCGUGCGAAGAAUCACAUGGUUCAAAAUGCGCCCUGCCUACAAAUUCAAGCUUUUCCGAAGCGUUUCGGGACCUGCCUCUGCUCCGGCUUAUAGAUGUUGAGACUAAUUGUCUCGUCGAGAAGACAACCCUUGAGAAGUAUGUGGCUCUUAGCUACGUAUGGGGCGCCGUUCCGAAUUUCCGCCUCACUAAAGCGAACCGAACAGCACUUCUCAAGCCAGACUCUAUCAACAAGGUUUCCCGAAUACUUCCAAACACGAUCAAAGACGCCGUCCUUUUGACAAGACGUCUCCGAUGUCGAUUUCUAUGGGUCGAUGCACUUUGCCUCAUUCAAAACGACGCCGAAGACUUGGAGCUAGGGGUCAACGUUAUGGAUCUUAUUUACGAGAGAGCUUGGUUGACAGUUGUCGCGGCAUGUGGCCACGAUGCUAACGCGCGUCUCCCUGGUGUUCAGGAAGGGACUAGAAAUGGUUGUUCUAAUACGACGGAGGUGGCUCCCGGUGUCGGAAUGGGAGUUGUUGAGGGACUAAAUGGAUUGCUCAGGCAGUCAGUUUUACAAGAAGAAGUUCUAUCUCGACGAAUUCUCUACUUCGUCAAUAACAAGGUCUUCUACCGCUGCGGUGCCGCCGACCACGCGGAGCAUUUUGUAGACUUGCUGCCGAAAAACUCCACCAACGAAAUUAUGACAUCCGUUCUCCCCCAGGCAUUAUCUUUGACCGAUACGGUAAACGAUCUAAGUACGAUCCUAUACUACUACACCAAAAGAGAAAUUACAAACCAGAACGAUACAUUACGCGCCAUGGCUGGCAUCAUGCGUAAAUUCUCGGAAUUGAUGAAAUGCGACUUCUUCCAGGGGAUUCCCACCGUCAUGUUUGACCGGUUCAUUAUAUACCGCGCGCAUCUUCACAUCCUACGGCGUCGUUCUAUAUUUCCAAGUUACUCUUGGAUAGGCUGGCGAGGUCAGAUUGCCGCCGACUUAAACCCUCCGGAUGGAAACCAUGUACGCAGACAAAACGCUUGGCUCAAAAACAGGACAUGGAUAAUUUGGUAUAAGCGAAGCCCUGAUGGAACCAUUAAUCUUGUAUGGGACCCAAAUUCGAACUCGUCAUUUGACGAAUCAAAUAUGGAAUACGUGGGAUAUCGUCACCGUCGACCGUUCCGCGAUGGCCGAUAUGUUCCCAGCCAGCUAGACACAAGUCAAACCAUGCCUACAAAACAAGUAUCCUUCCCUCGAGAAGUGCCUUCGUACUUUCUCUUACAGUUCUGGACACUGUCGUUGUUUUACAAAAUCGUUAAUAUUGGUGUUUUCACUGGCGUUGCCUAUCUGAAAGAUUCCAACAAGAAGAAAUGUGGGUUCGUUACCCUAGAUGGCUUUGGGGAGACAACCUUUUUUGAACCCCCGGGUCCUUUUGAGGUAAUUCUUCUGUCUGAGGCACAUUUCGACAAGAUAAGUUGCCACUUAUCUGUAGCAAAAUGGAAAAAUCCAUACCCUCUGGAUGCCGAUCAAUGGGAGUUCUAUAAUGUCAUGGUUUUGGAAUGGCAGGGAGGCAUCGCUGAACGACGAGGCUUUGGGUUGCUUCACCAAGGUGCUGUGGAAUUUAGUCUAGCUCCUGGUCCGUCGUGGAAAGAAAUAUUCCUAGCAUAG